AUCCGGACUUCGGUGCCGAGAGACGUGGCGAGCACAGCCGCCCGUUCAGCCGCUCUCCACCCGGAGAGGAGAGGAGGGCAGACGCUCACAAGCUCCACCAAACACAUUUCUCUCGAAAAGGAGGCGCAAUGAAAGUGCAAUAACAUCCCUGCAGUAGACACCUGUUAGGAGGGGCUUCCAGCGUCUUCUUUUCUUGGGAGCUCCCAGCCUGCACUGCAGCGUCAAGCCAGCAUGUAUCGCUCCACCAAGGGAGCGUCCAAGGCUCGACGGGACCAGAUCAACGCCGAGAUCCGGAACCUGAAGGACUUGUUGCCCAUCUCGGACACGGACAAAGCCCGGCUGUCGUACCUGCACAUCAUGUCUCUGGCCUGCAUGUACACCAGGAAGUCCGUCUUCCUCACUUCAACCGAGGCGGACGGCGCGUCCGGCGAGCCGAGCGCGGGCUUCCUCUCCUUCCGCGAGCUCUCCGACUUGAUGCAGGCGCUGCCGGGCUUGAUGCUGCUGACGGGGGAAGGGAAGCUGCUCUACCUGUCCGACAGCGUCUCCGAGCACCUGGGUCACUCCAUGGUGGACCUGGUGGCGCAGGGGGACAGCGUGUACGACAUCAUCGACGCCUCGGACCAGCUGACCAUGAGGAGCAACAUGUCGAGAUCCACCUCCCCCGAGAUGGAUCGCCUCUUCCGCUGUCACUUCAACACCUCCAAGUCGGUGCGCAGGCAGAGCGCUGGGAACAAGCUGGUUCUGAUCCGAGCUCGCUGCCUCUCUGCUCCCUCCAUCUCGACCACGACCACCGGGUCCUACUGGUCCUCCAAUCCAGUCUGGGUGUGCUUCUGCUCCCUUUGGAGCACCAACCCCCAGUCCGGGGAGUCCAGUGCUCCUCUGGGUGACACCAAUCUAUUCCUGGCCUCUUUUCACUCCCAACAUGGCCGCGACAUGAGGCUACAAGCCGCCCAGGAAAGUGUGAGCGCUUAUCUGGGCUUUGAUGUGGCAGCUUUACGUUCCUGCUCCUGGUACAGCCUCCUACACCCCCAGGAUCUGUCACAUGCUUCUACUCAACACCGUAGCCUGCUGCGAGAGGGAGGAGAGGGCCGGGCUGAGAUGGUGGUGCGCGUACAAGCUCAGGACCAGACGUUUUGGAUCUACAUGGUGCUCCAGCUGCAGCCCGGAGAAAUCCCCAUCAGCAGCAGCAACUACGUCAUCAGCGAGUCGGAGGCUUGGUCCGUGCGUCAGCAGCUGAGCUCUGAGCAGAGUCAGCUCAGCCUGGUUCUCAGCGCCGGCCCCUCCCAGCAGGAGGGCGCCGGCCUCCAGUCCCCCGAGACGCUCUCCAGCCCCGACCAGGUCUUCACCCCGGGCAGCAGCGGCCUGUCCGGCCAGUCCUUCGACUUCAGCACGGCGGGCUGCAGCGUGGCGUCCUCCGACGAGCGCGGGAGCUUGGCGGCCGAGGCGGCGCGGCCGGAGGGGGAGCCGCGCUCCAGCAUCUCCUCCCUGGAGGAGGAUGCCUUCUUCCAGCCGCCUCCCGUGCGCAGCAGCAGCCCCUCCUCCCCCACCCCGCUCACGGUGGAGACGGUGUCCGACUUGGACUUUUUAACCCAGAACAUCCUCAUGCCGCCCUCCUUCGAGCUGGACCCCCCGCUGCCGGCCCUCCCGCUGCCACUCCCCCCGGUGCCCACCUCGGCUCAGCAGACCAAGGAGUUUGUGUGCACCCCCCCCUACACCCCUCACAUCGGAGCAAGCUUCCCGUUCGGGGAACCCCUCUUCAGCUUCGACCCCACCGGCACCACCACGCCGCCCCCCUCUGCCACCACAGCCACCACCACCACCUCCCUGGCCCCCUCGGCGUCCUCCUCGGCGCCUCCCACCACCGCCUCCAGCCCCGCUCCCACCACCACCCUGUCUACCAAGCUCCCGCUCAGCCUUUCCACCCCCUCCACGGAACUCCUCUUCCCGGUGGAGCCCUGCUGCGGAGCGCUGUAUGAAAAACUGCCGCCCACCCCGGACAGCCCCGGAGACGACGACUGCACGGUGAUGACCCUCCCUGAGGUCCGGGGUCCGCUCUACGUCGACGUACCCUUAGGGCCUCUUCAGUGUCCCCCCGAGGGCCUCCUCACCCCCGAGGCGUCCCCUGGAAAACAGCCCUGCCUCGCCUUCUUCUCCCUGGAGCGGGAGCGCGAGAAGGAGAGGGCAGAGAUCUCCCUCCUGGCCCAGCACAUCAGCUCCUUGGCCGAGGGCUUCUACCUGGACCCGCUCCUGUCCAAACUCUCUCCCAUGUCCCCCUCCUCCUCGCCUCCCUCGCCCUUCCUGUCUUCUGCAGACUCUGCCGACUCGGUCCAAGUGCUGCGGGAGUUUUAUCCCAUCAAAGCGUGGCGAGGUCUGGACAUCUUCAUGGAGGACGACGACUCUCUGUUUGAAGAGAGCGUCCUAGAAACUCUCCUCCAAGACGUUCCUCCUCAGUCCGAACCCUCCAGUCCGGUCUCUCCCCAGACCCCCGUGUGCUGGCACCAAGCCUCCCAGUUUGAGGGGACGGGCCAAUUCUGUAGCGUCCAAUCGGCGCAAGCUAACUCCGCGGACGUGCGCGGGGAGACCGAGGUGAACAUGGAGGAGGAGCAAGCGGAGGAAGCCAUGGAGAUCGAGGCGGCGUCUUCCCCGAUGUCCUCUUGCUCGUCCGUGCCUCCUCUGCUCCUCACCGCCUCGCCGGGGCCCGCCGUCGCCGCUAGUGCCUCCUCCACGCCGGCCGUCUCCCCCGCACCAGUCUCCUGCUCCCAGUCCCUCCUGGAGGAGCUGGCCGUCCUGGAGCCCAUGUUUGGGGCAGGUGCCUCCAUCGCCCCUGGUUUAGGGCAACAACCUGAGUUGUAUCAACUCCAGCGUCAUCCAUCGCCACAGUGCUUCCACAAAGGUGAGAAACCCGCCCACUUUCCCCAUGUUUGUGAAACCACAUCACCCUGAAAAUGCUGACUUUUGCCUCUCCUUCUUCUUUUG